GUUUGACGGACAUAAUUAGACGUUGCUCGAGUCGGAAAAUACACACAGCAGCAUGGCGUCGGUAGAUUAAACACAUGACAAUAUUUUAUUUGCUGUUUCGUAAAGUAUUGAGACAGUUUAUCUGCAUUCCUAUUACGUUGUUGUAUAUUUACUGACGGAAAACAAUAUUUUUUAUGAGACAACAGUAACUUAUAAAAGGCUAGCUUAAAAACAGCUCUGUGGGUCAGCGUGGCUGACUGAAAAAGAACAUAAUUUAAUAAUCAUGUCUAAGGCGAAGAAGAAGAAAACGCAACCUGACUCCAAAACACACAAGCCCACAGCUAAAGAUAAGAGGAAGAAGUUUUGGAUUAAACAGAACCUGAAGAAGUGUCAAAAGGCAACAACUCCACUGAAACCCCAAGAAAAAGCUGAAACUCCACAACCUGCACCUCUAAAAGGUGGCCAGCAGUUCUCUUCUAACUGGAAAGCAUUGCAAGAGCUCCUAAAGACCAGUCAGCUAGAGAAAAGGAGCCCUGUGACACCCAAACAGAACGGUGUCUUUUUUAAAAAGACAACUAAUACUUUGAAAAGUGUUUCCAAGAACGAUGCCGUUUCCACCCGGCCAGACUCCAAGAAAAAACAGAAGCACAAAUUUGCUCCUAAUAAUGUCCCCAAGGAAGCUGGUGUGAACUUGAAUGACUCUUCUGCCUUAGACACUCGGCAGCCUGCUGCUUCAAAACAAAAACAGGACAAAGGAAAGUCAAACAGCGGGCCUGCAGCUAAGAGAGCUAAAUAUGUGGAUGAGAAGAGGAAACCUACGGAGGAGGAUUUUUGGUUUGAUGAUGUCGACCCUGAUGAUGUUGAGGAAACGAUAGGAGCGGAGGCUGCAGAGAUCAUGAGGAGGAAACGGGGAAUACACAAAAGCCAAGACACAGAGCGCUCCUUGGUGAAAGAGAAAGCCUUUGAAGGCCUCACAAGAGCGGUGGCCAUCGAUUGUGAGAUGGUGGGAAUCGGUCCUGAUGGUGAGGACAGCAUGUUGGCUCGAGUGUCCAUCGUGAACCACUUCGGGAAAUGCAUCUAUGACAAAUUCGUGAAACCCACUGAGAAAGUGACGGACUACAGGACAGAUGUGAGCGGGAUCCGACCAGAGAACAUCAAGAACGGAGAGGAAGUACAGACUGUGCAGAGGGAGGUUGCAAACAUCCUGCAAGGGAGAAUACUUGUUGGACAUGCUAUACACAAUGACUUAAAGAUUCUGCUCUUGGAUCACCCAAAAAAGAAAAUCAGGGACACUCAAAAGUAUAAACCAUUCAAGAAGAUUGCCAAGAGCGGCCGGCCCUCAUUGAAAGUCCUCUGUAGAGAAGUCCUCAAUGUAAAUGUCCAGCAGGGUGAACAUUCAUCUGUCCAAGAUGCACAGGCCACCAUGAGGCUGUACACUAUGGUGAAGAAACAGUGGGAGGCAGAGCUUAAAGUUGGCAAGAAAAACAAAAACUCACAGAUGACAAACAAGAAGAAACCCAAAUAAGAAGAAAGUCUGAUGGGAUUUAAAAUCCAAAACCUGUAUGCAAGGGAGCAGAACAUCUGAUGAGAGCAGAUACGACUGAAAUGGUUUGUUUUUAGGAGUAAGCGACACCACCUUUUAAGUUUAGUCACAUCAGAGCAGGACACCGUGUGCAUAGAUACAAAUAAAAACUGCUGACAGUCGAAGGCGAAGCUAUAAAGGAGUGUACAGUACCACAGAACAAGAUUACUGGGUUAGUAAUGUAUGAUAAUCUUUAGGCCCAGAGUUGUCGGUGUCUUAAAGUUGGCUCUUUUAAGCUGGCUCAAUCACCAUGGCAACGGAUGA